UAGAGGAAGCUAUAUUUCCCCUCAACUCUGCCGCCGCUGCUGACUAGGACACUGUCGGCCCAGGACCACUCGCCAUUUUAUUCUGUUAUUAAAGGAAUAACACACUUUUUUUUAACCAUUCAUAACAAGACGUUUCUUCACGACGAGACGCUACUCAUCCACGAUGAGCGAAGUGGGAGUGAUACAGGACAUGGAACUGAUUGACAUAUUAUGGAAGCAGGACAUUGAUCUCGGAGCCAGGCGAGAGGUGUUUGACUACAACCACCGUCAGAAAGAGCAUGAGCUGCAGAGGCAGCGGGAGCUGGAGGAAGAGAAGAGGCUGCAUCUGCUUCGGGAGCAGGAGAAGGCCCUGCUUGCACAGCUACAGCUCGAUGAGGAGACGGGAGAGUACAUACCCCGCACGCCACCCAGUGCCCCUCUGCCUUUGGAGGUUUCACAGAAUGUCAACUUCACACAGGGGAGCGGUGGUCAUGCCAUGUCAUUUGAUGAAUGUUUACAGCUACUGGCUGAGACAUUUCCUGUAGAGGAAACUGAGAAUAUGUCAGCUUGCCUGGCCACAACUGCUAUUUCCGUGCCCAGCAGCAACAACAUAAUGAUGUCCCCUGAGCAGCAGCCUCUGCCGACACCUACGCUCUCUCCAGGUCCAAUGCCACCACCACAGAGGGUGUCCCCAGAUUUGGAGCAGGCCUGGAUGGAGCUUUUGUCCCUCCCUGAGCUACAGCAAUGCCUGAACAUGCAAAUGGAGGACACACUGGAGACCACCAAUUAUUCUCUUCCAAAAAGCCCUACAGAAGUACAGAAUCCAAACUUCACUUUUUACCCCAUGGCCAAUCUCACAAACGGGGAAACAAACAGUUCAGUUGUUUGCCCUGCAGAGUUUAUCAGUACAUAUGAUGGCUCUGUUCCCAGUAUGGCUCCAAUAGACAAUCUCAGCCAAAUGGAGGAUAAGGCUCCCCAGUUAAAUACUAACUAUGGUGCAGAGAGUUUCUGUGACAUAUUCUACCCGACUGUCAGCCUGGAAGAGGGCAGUGGUCAGCAUGGCCAUGAGGAAAAUGAAAGCCCAACCAUGUCUGAUAUCCCAGACAAGCCUUCCUUUACACCCAUGGACCUUUACAGCCUCUCACCCGGAGACACAUUUGACAGCGACAAACAAAACGUAACAGCUGAGAUGCCAGACUCAGAUUCAGGAAUCUCCUCAAACACAAGUCCACAUGCUAGUUCACCUGCAAAAUCAACAUAUGGAGACAGGUCCUAUGGUUAUAGUGAUUCCGACAUGGAAGAGAUGGACCACAACCCUGGAAGCGCCGAGUCUGACUACUCAGAGAUGUUCUCAUUAAAUUUUCAACCGGAUCUUCGUACAGCAGUUUCUGUAUUCACACCAACGGGGCAGCCACACCAGCAAAAUGAGAGCAAAACCCAACACGAGAUGGACCUAGCAGAGGAAAGCGGCCACAACAGUGCUCCCUUCACCAAAGAUAAGCAGAAGAGGCAAUUGGAUGUGCGUCUCCCCAGAGACGAGCAGAGGGCUAAGGCCCUCAAAAUCCCUGUGAGUGUUGAUAUGAUAAUCAAUCUGCCCGUUGAUGAUUUCAAUGAGAUGAUGUCAAAGCACCAACUGAAUGAUGCCCAGCUGGCCCUGGUCCGAGACAUACGCCGCCGUGGCAAGAACAAAGUCGCCGCACAAAACUGCCGCAAACGCAAGAUGGAGAACAUAAUGGGUCUGGAGGGUGAGCUGGACUCACUGAAGGAGGAGAAGGAGCGUCUGCUGAGCGAGAAGAGCCAGAAUAGCACUAAUCUGAAAGAAAUGAAGCAGCAACUCAACAGCUUGUACCUGGAGGUCUUCAGCAUGUUGAGAGAUGAGAAGGGGAAUUCCUACUCUCCGUCCAACUAUUCCCUCCAGCAGUCGACUGAUGGCAGCAUCUUCCUCGUCCCCCGUAUUAAAAAGACAUUCAUCAAGAGCAAAGACAACCACUUAUCAUAACACGGUACUGCAUUAACAUAGUAAGACUAUGCAAUAACCUUGUAGUCACUCAGCUUUAAAGCAUUUAUAGCACAGCAGAACUAUUGUAGUUUCCGUUUACUUCUCUUGAAUGUAAUUAGUUUUGAUAUUUUACUUUUGUACUCACAGAUUCUUUAACCAAUAUUGUUUGUAAAUAUAAACAUUACUUGCAUAAGAGAUUGAUAAAAUUGUUACGUGGUAUGUGUGUAUAUAUUGUAUAUAUCAUAUUUCUGUAUGCCAAUGAUUGUUUAAAUUUCCGCUUGUAUAACUUUCACUUUAAGUUUUUUUUUUUUUUUUUUUAAAUUUCCAUGCUUUUCAAUAAACUAUUCUAUAGCGA